UCUUGUGCACGUGAUGGUGGCGAUGAUUGGCGCUUAGUCUCGGGGGGUUUAGAGGGGGACGGCUGCCCCGGUUUAUGGGAGUCCGUUGGCGGAGAUAAGAACGGAAGGUGAAAUCAGCAGCCGCGAUGCCCAAGUACUACGAAGAGAAAGAAAAGGACCGUCGCGCAUGCGCCGGCAUUCGGGAGGACCUAAGGACCUGUUUGCUUGAGUGCGCCUGCAUCAAGGAAGGAGGAAGUGUUAAACACUGCUUGAGGGAAGGAUUCUGCAAAGGUUUACAAGUUACAUUUUUUGAAUGCAAAAGAUCAAUGUUAGAUAACAGAGCAAGAUUCAGAGGAAGAAAGGGAUAUUGAAGUCAUUCAUUAAGAAAACAGCAAGCAUGAACAACUUUGGAUGCACUGAUAUCUCAACAUUAAAAGACUGACCGCUUAUCUUGUGGGCCUUUCCCAAACUUUGCUUCAUUCCCGUGGAAACAGCUGGUAUUUCAGCACUGAAUGUCUGACUAUGCUGACUAUAAGGAACACUAAAGCGAAAACCCAGACUUACAGGUUGUGGUGGUGGUGGUCACAACUUCUUAAUAAAGUAUUUCUUCCUAAGUACUAAAA